GGGGGGAGGGGGCGAGCCCGGGACUCGCGCGGCUCAGCCACCGGCUGACGCACCGUCGGAAAGUUGCGCUCCGACCUUCUCGCGUCCUACUUUCUUCCCCGGUACUCCUGCGGAGUUUGAGGCGGGCCGGGAGCACCCCGCCGAGACCUGCGAGUGGCAGGCCGGGUCGCGGGGGGAGUGUCCCGGACGGGGCGACGACCCGGCUCCGCUUUCGUCGCGGUGCCCGGCGCGGGUGGCAGCUCAGGGGCCCGCGUCCCCAACUUUCUGGACUAUCCUGAGGACACUUGUCCAGCAAGUUCCGCACUACGCGGGGAGGAGGAGCCCGGGCCCGCGACAGAUUUCAAAAGUCUUCUGGAGGUUUCUAGCAGAGCCAAAUGUUGGAGAAAUCUUUUCCACUCCUCUGAAGGGUGAAGUGAGUAAAUACAACCCAGCAGUAGGCUAUUGAAGAAAGCAAUCACAGGUUUUGGAAGGUGACAAUGAAACGUGAAGAAGUUAUAUUUCUAAUAUGAUACUUGAAAGUUAGUGACUGCUUACCAAAUUUUAAUGAAAUAUGACUUAGAAGCAUUGAUUUGUGAAGGUUUAUGAUGUCAUCGGUUUCAACAGAAAGCAAACUCCAGCAGGCUGUGAGCCUGCAAGGAGUUGACCCAGAAACGUGCAUGAUUGUAUUUAAAAACCACUGGGCACAGGUUGUGAAAAUCUUAGAGAAGCACGACCCCUUGAAGAACACCCAGGCAAAAUAUGGGUCUAUCCCUCCAGAUGAGGCCAGUGCUGUGCAGAAUUAUGUAGAACACAUGCUCUUCUUACUGAUUGAAGAGCAAGCCAAGGAUGCUGCCAUGGGGCCAAUUCUGGAAUUUGUGGUCUCUGAGAACAUCAUGGAGAAACUCUUCCUUUGGAGCUUGAGAAGGGAAUUUACCGAUGAGACUAAAAUUGAGCAGCUAAAGAUGUAUGAGAUGUUGGUUACCCAGUCACACCAGCCUCUUUUGCACCACAAGCCCAUUUUGAAGCCUUUGAUGAUGUUGCUAAGCUCUUGUUCAGGAACAACUACCCCCGUUGUGGAGGGGAAGCUGGUUGUCCUACUCAAUCAGCUCUGUUCCAUCCUUGCCAAAGAUCCAUCCAUUCUGGAACUCUUCUUCCACACUAGUGAGGACCAAGGGGCUGCCAACUUCCUCAUCUUCUCCCUUCUGAUUCCCUUCAUUCACCGAGAGGGCACAGUGGGCCAGCAAGCUCGGGAUGCUUUGCUGUUUAUCAUGUCCCUGUCGGCCGAGAACAGCAUGGUGGCCCAUCACAUCGUGGAGAAUACCUACUUUUGUCCAGUACUUGCAACUGGGCUCAGUGGUCUCUACUCUUCCCUGCCUACAAAGCUAGAAGAGAAAGGCGAGGAAUGGCACUGCCUUCUGAAAGACGACUGGCUUCUACUCCCUUCUCUCGUCCAGUUCAUGAACUCCCUGGAGUUUUGCAAUGCAGUCAUCCAGGUGGCUCACCCCUUGAUUCGCCGUCAGCUUGUCAAUUACAUUUACAAUGGGUUCUUGGUACCAGUCUUGGCUCCUGCUCUCCAUAAGGUGACUGUUGAGGAGGUCAUGACCACAACUGCAUAUCUGGACCUUUUCCUGCGUAGCAUCUCCGAGCCAGCACUACUUGAGAUCUUCCUUCGUUUUAUCCUAUUGCACCAGCAUGAGAACGUCCACAUUCUAGACACUCUUACAAGCCGAAUCAACACUCCAUUUCGGCUCUGUGUGGUGUCCCUGGCCUUAUUCAGAACUCUCAUUGGUUUACAUUGCGAAGAUGUGAUGUUACAACUAGUUCUAAGGUAUCUAAUCCCCUGCAAUCACAUGAUGCUGAGUCAAAGGUGGGCCGUGAAGGAGAGAGACUGUUACUCUGUUUCUGCGGCCAAGCUGCUUGCCUUGACCCCUGUCUGCUGCUCCAGUGGAAUCACUCUGACGCUUGGGAACCAAGAGAGGGAUUAUAUUCUCUGGUCAAAGGAUACGCACGAUAGUCCAGGGUCCAUGGAGCAGCCGCUCCCGGAGGCAUUCUCCCCGUCGGCCUGCAUUGUGGAGUAUGGGAAAGCCCUGGACAUCAGCUACCUGCAGUACCUCUGGGAGGCCCACACCAACAUCCUGCGCUGCAUGAGGGACUGCCACGUCUGGUCCGCUCUGUAUGACGGGGACUCCCCCGACCCAGAGACGUUUCUCCAAAGUCUGACAGAGGAGGGCGGUGUGAGCUCAGCCUGCCCUGUGUUUGGGCUCCCACAGCAACUCCCCAGGAAGACUGGACCUCAGCUGGCUCCCAGAAAGGACAAGACCCAGACGGAGCUGGAAUGGGAUGACAGCUAUGACACUGGGAUCUCUUCAGGGGCUGAUGUGGGCUCGUCAGAGCCUUAUGAUGAUCUGGAGGCUUCAGGCCCCCCAGCGCCCAUUGAUCCCCCCAAACAUAUCCAGGAGAUGAAGAAGAAUGCCAUCUUGCUCUUCAAAGGGUCCUACAUCGAGGAGUCAGACUUUCAGGACGAUGUGAUGGUGUACAGGCUCUGUGCUGAGAAGGACUCUGAGGACACCAAGGAUGCUGAGGAGGAAACCGCAAAGCCACCAGCUGAAGCCCAGACCAGGGUUCAGAGUGAACCUAUGAACAACGGCCCCCUCCUCUGCCCCCAGCCAGAGAUUGAUUCAGAGGAGGAACACAAUAGGGACAGUUCAGACCUAUUUCCAAAUGUGUCCAAGGAGCCAAAGCAAGAGAGUGAGCCUGAAGUAGGCCCAGAAUCAAACUUAGAGUUAGCACCCCCUGUCUCUGAUGCAGAGCACAAUUCAAACUUGAUGGUUAUCAACCCAGAGAGUGAAGAUUUCAUUGCCCAGUAUGACCAGAUCAUAAAGGAACUGGAUUCUGACACCCAGGGCUUGAUAGAGCAGACUUUCCCCACACCUAAUCCCUUGCUGCUCCCAGAGGAGGAGGAAGGAAAGGAAGAAGAGAGCAAAGGAGAAAAGGAGGAGGAGGAGGGGAAGAAGGCACUAGAAGAGGAAGAGGAUGACUUCGACUCUUUCACAGUGGAAGCCCCUGCUGUAGAGACUGUGCCUUCCCCAUUUGGGGUGAGAGACGAGACUGCCUUUGCCAGUCACCAUCCUGUGAGGACUCAAAGCACCCCGUUCACAGGCCCAUUCAUCAGCGUGGUCCUGUCAAAGCUGGAGAACAUGCUGGAGAACUCUUUACAUGUUAAUUUGCUGCUUAUUGGGAUCAUUACUCAGCUAGCCAGCUACCCCCAGCCACUCCUGCGCUCCUUUCUGCUCAAUACCAAUAUGGUUUUUCAGCCAAGCGUACGCUCUCUCUACCAGGUCCUUGCAUCUGUGAAAAACAAGAUUGAACAGUUUGCUUCUGUGGAGAGAGACUUCCCGGGACUCCUUAUACAAGCCCAGCAAUACCUGCUCUUCCGAGUGGACAUGUCUGACGUGACCCCUGCGGCAUUAACCAAAGAUCCCAUUCAGGAGGCUUCUAGGACAGGAAGUGGAAAGAACUUUCUGGAUGGUCCUCCAAGAGUACUUCAGCCCUUCUUGGCAAACAGAGGCAGAGUGGCUGGGGCACCUCCAAGCCUGCCCCUGCCUGUGAGGAACACCAUGCUGGCCGCUGCCCUCUUCCCUGAGUUCCUGAAGGAACUGGCUGCCUUGGCCCAGGAACACUCCAUUCUGUGCUACAAGAUUCUGGGUGACUUCGAGGACUCCUAUUGUUAGCUUUUUUUUUUCUUCUUUUUUUUUUUCAAAAUAGAGGUUCUUGUUUUAUAAGGUUUUAGUGUCUUGACUGAAUGUUAAAUGCAAAGCUGCUUACAAAAAUUUCUACUUUGAAAUUUCCUGACAAUACUUGAUUUGUGGGAGGGGAAUUUUCUAUAUAUCUCCUCUCUCUCAUGCCGGGUCUUUCCACCUUACGUUGUGUAGAAUGUAAGCCUCAUAAGCUGAUUGCUCCCUUGGUGGUUUUCUUUGCUCAGUUUUUCCUCCUUGCAUUUUUUGGUGGUUAUUCUCUCUGCACCCUUGAGUCAUUCAUCUUGCAGCUCAGAUUGCAUCAAUCAAAUAUUGGGGCUCAGUGAUUUCUGGAAGUGCUCCGUGUCAGAAGGCCAGCUCUUCAGCAGCCCAUGGGAAGAAACACACCUGCCGCUGCGCAGAUGCUCCUGCUGCCUUCUGCAUUUCGGCCUCCAUUUUAUAAAAGGGAAGACUAAAGAUGGAGCCCCCUUGCCUCCACACAUAAGCACAUGUCACACGUCCCUUUUAACUGUAUUCCAGCACUUGUCUUCUGCCCAGCAUGUUGCCUUAUGGUGCAGGCAACUCCACCAGUCUCAGCUGUCUGCCUGGAAAGUCAGAUGUUGUUGGAGAGAAUUUGGGAUGCAGAGAAUUUUUCUUGUUGCUUGAGAACUUACUUUAAUCAGUAUGGCACUACCUAAACACUAAAUGUAGCCUUAUUUUAGUAAGAUUUGCACAAAAUUGGGUAUACGUAUGCAAACUGUUACUUUGGUUUUCAGGAGUUUGAGCAGAUAAAGUAUGGUAUUAUAUACUAUAUAAGAACACAGCCAUUGUUAUUUUUUAAGUGUUUUAUGAAAAGAAAUAGAUUAACUUGUGAAGCCAUUUCAUAGUGGGUUUUUUGGGGGAAAGUAUGGAGUGGGGGAAAAAGAUAAAGAUAAACUAAAUGCAGCCUUUAAAAACACUGGUAAUUAUUUAAAAUUAUGUUUGCUUUUGCUAACAUGUUGCAUUUUGUAGAGAGACAGGAAGCAUACAGCCUACUUUGGGAGCUGGGAUAUAAUGCAAACGAGUCUCAGGGUGUCCUGCAAAGCCAAGUGCCUGCUGGGGACUCGCUCCACGUGGAAGUGCUGCCUUCUGAGUAAUGGGGUUCAUUAGAAGGCCCCAACAUGCUGUCUGUAUUUAUUCAGCCUGCUCCAGGAGACAUAAUUAUACUUAGAGCCACAGCCAUGCUAAACCACCACCAAGCAGGGAAACAAAGAAUAAGUGUGGGCUAAAAAUGAGACCAUAAACAACUGAUAUUCAUGGAUAUUAAAUUCCACUCCCCUCUAUUUUGGGCCCAGGUCAGCGGAUGAGAAGCAGGUAAUGAGCAUGCUCUCCCUGUCUGGAGGGAAAUUGAAAGACCGGGUUCUCUCUUUUUCUUUGUGGGCAUCUCUGUAGAGCCCUGAGGCAGCGGCGGGUCGGGUGCUUGUGCCGUAAGAGCGCCUUUUGUUCUUAAUCAGGCCCCUAGCGCGUAGGAAGGGGAAUGCAGGAGAGAGUCACUUGUGGACACUGCAGAGCAGAGGCGGCCCUUUUGUGCUUCGGCUUUAUAAUGAGAACUUGAGAGGCAGCCCCGUAGCACAAGGGCACCAGGAGAUCCCGCCUAGGUUGGGUGAGCUGUUAGGAGCCAGCCUCACAGUGGUUCAUAAUACAAGCAAGAAACCAAAGACACUACCUGUUCAUCACACGUUUCUGUUUGUCUUGAGAAGUGGUUUGCUCAGCUGUGGUGCAGCAGCUAGAAGGUAUGAGGCACGGCAUUCUGGCCUGCUUGUAUCUGCACUGCCCACAUGUCUCCGUCAGAAAAGAAGGUAGCUUAAGGUAGAGAAGGAACAGUUAAAGGUGGAAUUUAAGUUGUAGAUUAUUAUCCUCUAACUUUGUUUUGCACAAGUAUUUAUCUUCUUGUUUGGACUUACCAGGUCACAGAAUGCUAAAGUCACAUCUGGAAACUGUGUUCUUUGGCUUUUUAUUUGAUUUACACCUCUCUCCAUUAUCCGGUGGUGGUGUCAGUUCUUCCUGAGUCUGUAGUUCUUUAUUAUAGGACACCGUGGUUCCUUUGUGCAACGUGCCCUUUGGGAAAGAGAUUGAUUUUGUGCCUCUUAUUUUUUUCAAUAGGUACUGAAGCAGAUUUACUUUAAAGGAGGACAGAGAUGACAGGCAGGAAAAUGUAACUUCCCAUGGUGGAGUCUGGCAGCAAAUUCACACAAUAACCCCCCCCCCAACUUCCUACUUGGAAUUGGAAACAGGCUCAUGUUUCUGAAUCCAUCGCAGGCCUCCUCCAGAGGGUUGUAUCUGGGCUUUUGCAAAAUGAAGUCAGAAAAUUGACCUGGAAAUACAGUAUAGAGAAUAGAAAAGCCAGCGUAGUUGAGUGAAAUAACCAGAAGUGGGUUAUUCAGGGCAGGGGAUGGACAUGCUAAAAGAAAAACAGCAGAGACCUGAGGCUACAGAUAGAAGAGCAGAUUCUGAAAGAUUCAGGCGAGUGAACAUUGGUCUAGGCAGAUAUGAGGACACCAUGUAGCAGGCAGGUAAAGUAGAAUAUUCCACUCCCAAGACAAAUAGGUGAGGCCCUUAGAAAUAUGGUUUUGUGUAAUGAAUUCGGGGGGAAAUUUUUGAAGAUAUCUGGCAUGCUUAAAAUGUGGUCUGAGAGUGUUCCAUAUGAUAGGCUCCCACAUCAGUUGCUGUGCUACUUGUUGGAGGAACAUGGGGGAGAGAGGAAGAGGAGGCACAGGCCUUUGGGGCAGCCCCGGGGCUGGUGUCGCUGUGGCUGGCCUGCUGGGCCUGGGCAGUAGAGGUGAGUGUGUCAAGGGUUGCUGGAACAUCACAACAUUAACCUCGAUGCAAAAUUCAGGGUCUGAUUUAAAGUUCUAGACUGAGUGAAUUUUGUGGCUCAAAACAUAUGAGAGCACUGGGAUAUUUAAAAUUGAUUUUUGGAAACGGCCAAGUAAAUGUUUUUAAAAUUUUAAACAAAGAAAUUCAAACAUAAUUUCAUGGGGGGAAGCUGUAAUUUCCCAGCCAUGAAAUGGGGAUGCUGGAAUAAUCAAUUAGAGAUGUGAUUUUCUUUGUCAUUAGAUAUUUCCUUUCCCUGGUAUUUAGAGGAAUUUUGAAGUUGUCCCCAUUUUGCUUAGUAUUAUUUUGGAAAAUACUUUGAUGUGCUGAGGUUGGAGUUGAUGUCUCUGUUAUAUAGAGGGAGGAUGCACUCAAUGCUUUUACAGGUACUCAGGAGGCUUUUAUUUAUGUCUGACGUACUUGUUGGUUUUAAUCCAUUGAGAUACAUGGAGCCAGGGUGUUGUCAGGAAAGCAUCCUCUUAUGAAGAGAAUCCACAAACAGGUAUGUGAAUGUUUGGGUUGCCUAUUUAAUCUGGGCAGCCAGGGGCAUGCAGGGUUGGAAGCUGGUUUCAUUUUUUCUGAAUCAGCUUGGCUGUAGUGGUCAUGUGGGUUGAUUCCCAGGUCUGUUUAGAGGUUUAGGGUUGUGGCUGGGCUGCCCCUUCUGAGUCUGGCUCAGUGUGUCUAGGUGGCCUUCAGUAGGGACGCACUGCCCAGCAGGGGUGGGACCUGACAUUGGUGUGACGUUAAAUAUCUGCAAACGCUCCAGUCGUCAUUUAAGGGUAGUUCAAUUUAAUUGCUAAUUACCAAUUCCGUGUUUACUGAAAUGGCUGUCAUGCUAGCUGUUUUUAUGAAACACUGUAUUGCAGGACAGCUAUUAUUGCAUGUGCUAUUUCAAGUCACUGGGCCAGGCCAAUGUCAUGCGUGGUUGCUGUGAAGCUCAGCCUGCUUUGCAGUAUUCGCUCUUCCAGGAAACUGCAGUCCUCUUGGAGCUGAGGCCAAUCAGCUUGAAGUGAUUAAGAAGACACUCUAGGCCCCUUCUAGCUUCGGCUGUCAGUCUGUAAAUCACAUAACACUAAUUCUCCAUCAAAUAACAGCUUAAAACAGAACACUGUCAAGCCAGUUUAUAUUCCACCCUUAAAUCACAUCAUUGAGGAAAUAUUUUAAGAGAAUGGAGUUGACUCUUUUUUUUUCCUUUUUCAAUGACCAUCAUAAACCUAAUGCUUUAGAAGGAGCUCUCAGAAGACUAAGAAUGGUUUUCAGGAUAAUUUUGCCUCAGUAAAUUCUCUCUACAUCCAGGCAUUUAUUAGGCCAUUACUUGUUUUGGGAGGACAGAUUACCCUAGCAGCUCAUUAACUGGAUAAAUAGGGCUUUAGUGAAAGAUUUUUGGUGAGAUUCUUUAGGACAGAGUGGGGAAGCCUUCAGUUCUUUGUCCUUUUUGCACAUAGAAUCCUGGAACAGAUGAUGAUGUUAGCGAGGACUGACCUUUCUUAUCCUGUCAGGUCACUAUGGAUUUUGUUCCUGUCUUAAAAGAUGUAAGUAAACCUAACGCUGUCACCCACACAAGUAACAAGACUGCCAACAGGAUUCCAUCAGCAUGAGUUCGAUAUGCAUUUCAGGCAUCUUUUGGAGAGUUUGGAUUUACUUUAUCAUUUUAGCACUCGACAAAGGUGGUGGAAGCUCUCAGGCCAGAUUAUAAAUUUCAUGGAGCUGAGGCCGCAGAAGCCUGUGCUGCUUAGUGUGUCAGCUUACUUUUUAUUGGGACAAGUCUACAAAAGGUCCACCUGUGAAAAGGCUACUUUUUGCCCUGCAGAUAUUUUAAAAGAGGGAUGGUAGUGAUGCCCUUACGUACAUGACUUUUGCUAAGCUAUCUGACUAAGGGAGGCCAUGAGAGGGUUCCGUUUGGAUGCUUCCAUCUCACAACCCAGGGUCAGCGCUGCUCAAAAAUAAUCCACCAAUGCGUUUGUCUAAAACCUGCCGUAGAAGCGUGGCAGCCACUUCCAUGCUGCUUACGGUGAUGGGUAAAGAACAUGGCCUUUCAGGUAGAUCUGGUGGUUUUUUUUCCAAUAGCUACUAUGCAGAAUCCUUGAAACAAUGCAGAUAAAAUUCAGUUGAAAUGAAAAGUACAGUAUACAUUGUGGGUUGUGGCCGUAAGUGAUAUACUGAAUUAACCAACUCAAAGCUGGAGGAGGCUGUGUACUUUCAAAAACUUCAUGGCCUUCUUCCAGAUUAGCAAUAAUUACUAAAGGAAAAAAAAAAAGGUGGUGGUGGUGGGGGGUUCCUAGCUAAAAUAUCCUUACCUUGGUGCAAUAAUGAUCUUAAGUUCUUUUUCCUAGGACACCUCCAUCUUGAAAGAGAGGAACAGAAGUUCACUUUGAUGCAUAAACUGGACUGAGAUAAAUAGCUCCUUUCUAGAUCUGAAUGACCCAGAAUGUAAAAGCCUAGUGUAGUUAGUAGUUGGUAUCACCAGCCUCUCUUACAAAUGGGCUCCAUAAAUCCAUUAAUCUGUUUCAUAAAGUAAGGGAACCUUUACUGAACACUUCCUCUAUGCCAGGUAGUAUGCGGGUGCUGGGGCUGUUCCUCCCGUCCCACCAGCCAGCCUCUUCAAGCAGCACAUACAGUUUGGGCCUGACCAGACAGAGCUGGUUCAAGCCAGUUUUCCAGUACAUUCCGCUUUCAGUCAGACCCUCCGCAUUAUACACCGGCCUACAGGUGUGUGGAUUCUAAUGACAGAUGGCAAUGGCUUCUCUAUGGGGCCAACUCGUACACUGUAAUAAGAUUCUCCUAGGAAUAGUAAACCCCUAACUAGACUAAAUUCAGACUCACACAAGAAUGUAAGAUUGUAUUUCACUACGGCCGUUUAUGAGCAAAGCUGUACUUCGUGAAUUUUUUAGGCUGUUAUGUAAACAUAUCUCACAACUAUCUCAUCAGGCUCCAUUCAGGGCUGUAUUUUAGUUUUCUUCUAGUAGCAGUGGUAACGUACGAAGUCCAGUUUUCAGGAUUUCAGAAGUUGGCAUUCAAGACAACAGGCAGUUGUCAGAGCUGAACCAGAAUUAGUCUGUAAAGAUCAAGUGUUUUAGUGAUGGCAUUUUUCUCUGGGAAUGAUCCGUCCGUAAUAUGGUUUUCAUUUGAUAUAAUAGUUUGGGUAAACUGUCUUUGGCUGCAUCCCCAUUUAAGUAAGCUCUUAAUUUCAAACGGUCUGGAAAGAUUAUUUCUUCAGUGCUUCGUGUAUGGUUUAAUCACCAAGAAGCCAGAACUUUUGGUGAAAAUGGAAUUUACAAAACAAAACCGAAACUUGUUUCUUAGAAAAUAAAGAUCCUGCCAGAUUCCAAUUUCAGAUUACCUUUGCCCAUUUGUAAUUCAGUGACUUGCUGAGCAAGUAGAAUUGAUUUUACCUUUCUCUCUUAUAGAGAGGUUUGGUAAAAAUUACUUUUAGACCCAGUGGUUUUCCGUACUGCAACAGAUCGUGGAACAGUUGUCUUCCUGGAUGACGUAACAUAUUUUCUUAUAAUUCAAAGUCACUAAUUUUUUUAAAUGUUAUUUUUAAAAAAUGCCACCUCCCCCUUGUCUAAAAUAAACCACACAACUGGUUUCCUUCCUUUCUCUCUCUUUUUGGCUGGGCAAGAAGGACACUUUUCUUAUCACUAUUUCUUAGGAAGUCCUGGGACACUACAAGGCAGGAACCAUUGGUCGCUAAAUUGGAAUGGGGGGGGGGCCACUUUCCUCCAGUUCCGCAGCUGCCACUGGAGUACCCUUCACAACAGAAGCGUUUCUGUUGUUCUCAGUAGGCCAGAGAAUUCACAGCUCAAAAUCGGGGCCUCCAAAGAGUUUCUUCUCUUGCAGGUGUCACUGUUUGACAAGUAUGCUUUUUAAAAACAGCAUUUGCAAAACCGGUCUUUAAAAGCAAGCACGUGAGUCAGAGGUAACGAAGGCACAUAAUGAACAAAGGAGCGAGUGCUCCAGUGCAGUGGAAACAGUACUGUCGUGAGGACAGGAGCGCAGGCGGCCCAGCGUGCCUUGUGAUGCUGUCAGCUGCACCGUGAUUAUUGUUAAAGGUCAUGAUUUGGAUUUACUAGUUUAUAAUAUUCUUUCCACGCAAAACAAAUCAGUUUGAUGUUACAGCUUUUUUUCUGUUUAUCUUUUGUGGCCUGAGGAUUGGAGGGAGUUGUGGGGGGAAUUGUGUCACCUGCACAAUCUUUGAAGUGUAAGUUAAUUUUUUAUGUGAUAUUUCAGCAUAUAUUUUAUUCAUUAAAUUUAUUUGAAAACUUC